GUCGGCCCACUAUGUUGUUGCUACCCGGCGGAAAAGCCACGCAGCACACGAACGACAACACCGGUUUGUUGACAACUCCGCACAAAGUGAUGGCUCAUUUAAUGUUGCUUUUGUCUGACUUUUGCCAUAAAAUCACCUUAAUGAGCUGCGUGGUUUAAGCUAAUAGAUCCAUCCAUUCAUUCCAGCUCAGUAGAGUUUAGCCAGCUUCUUAGCUCAGUCGUGUAGGAGUUUAGUUAGCCUGUUAGCCGCUAAGUAAACAGGAUGGGCGACGGCGCCUUUAGCCCUAAAAUUGGCAACAUGAAGGCUUUGCUCGGAAUAGUCGCCGGAGCUGGAGCUUCUUACGGGUUAUACAAACUUCUGAGCGGGGGAGGCUUCAAGAGAUACAAGAAAAGUGUGAACUGGGCUUUGAAGGGCGGUCAGCCCGGCGAAGGAAGCCCUCGGCCGGGCAGCCUGCUGGCCAAAGUGUCCGGACUGGACGUCGUCUGUCUCCGAGGCGAACGGACGGAUGCUGCUUCAGGCGACGCCACGCACCAGACCCCGGGCAACCUGCGACCGGAGCACCUGAAAAUGCUGCUGGCGUGUCUUCAAACCAGCACGAGUCCACCCGACAGGUGUCGUCUUUUACUCACAUUAGGAAACGCCGCGGCCUUUACCGUGAAUCAGAACGUUAUUCGUGAGUUUGAAGGGAUUCCCGUCAUAGGUGGCCUCCUCUCUGACCCUGCACCUGAGGUGAAAGCCCACGCUCUGAAUGCUUUGAGUAAUCUGUGCAUGAACGUGGAAAACCAGGAGCAACUGAAGGUUUAUGUGCCACAAGUGCUGGAGUUGAUCGAGAUGUCUUCGGUGAACUCUGACCUCCAGCUCGGCGCUCUCAGGCUGCUAACGAAUCUGUCCGUCACGGACAAACACCAGUACUUGCUCAAGGACUCGGUGACUCUUUUACUCUCGCUGCUCGUGGUGUGCAAUGAAACGUUACAGGUUCAGACCUUAAAAGUGCUGGUGAAUUUGUCGUCUAAUCCAGACAUGAUGGAUGAUAUCGUUCAGGCUCAGGCCCCAGCUUCCGUCAUUCUGCUCUUUGACGUGCAAACAGCCUCGGCGGUGCUCCUGCGGCUGCUGACGUUCGCCGGCAACCUGAAGGCCUGGAGGCCGUCCGCGCAGGUGGCCGACCAGCUGCGGCGGAAGCAGGACUGCCUCUUCCGGGUGAUGCUGGACGAGUCGUCGCAGCUCCACGGCCGACUGGUUGAGCUGCUGUCACACCCCGACAAGGAGCUCCAAGCACAGGUGGCCCGUGUGUUGACGUAGACCUUUUUUUUGUUUUGUUUUGAUGAUGCAUCGCCAAAGUCAUCAACCUAAUAUUUUUGCAAUGAAGUGAGAAGAAGAAGCAACUAUUUGCACCAGCAGUCACCUGACACAUUUUCCUUGAUUGGAACACUUUUUACUGCAUCAUUCUUCACUGCCCUUUUGAAAAAAUAUUUUGAAAGAAGCGGAUCUUGUUUGUCAAAGAGUGGCAGGACCUCCUCGUUGUUGCCAAAGAAGUAUUAGGGCCAUGCUGUAGGAAAACAAGUACAACUAGGAGACGAAUAAGACAUUAAAAUAAAAUCCUUAUUUUUUUUUAAUAAAAGGGAAGAAUAACCAGACAAAGUCAUAAUUUGCUGUCUUUCAGGAAACAGCAAUAUAUUAAUACUAUCAAUAUUUGUGGAGAACAUUUCACUUUAUGUUUGUAUAACACUAAUGUUUUCAUUUUAAUGCAUUGAUACGUUUAUGAUUAAAAUAUUAUGACUUGCUGUAAAAUUAUAUAUUUUUUACAUAUGCCCUUUAUU